CAGCAACUGCUGCCGCAGAGAAGCAGCAGCACCAAGAGUCGGCUGCCACGCUUCAGCAGUCGCACUUUGUCUGCGUUCUUUUUUUUUUUUCUUUUCCCCGUCAUGAUCUACUAUGAUCUCUUCGAAAUCCACGCAGUGAAUUCCUGAACUACAAUUACCUGCCGUCAUCUUCGACCCAGCAUGAUACCUCGAACCGAGUUCCUGUCGUAGCCCGAACACAUCACCGAAUCUUUCGUGCGCGCUUCCCAAGCACCUCCAUUGAUGGGUCCUCUGGCCGUGCUUGCCAUGGCCGGGAAUGCCACGCCUCCCGACUCUACUAUAGCCCAACGGCCGAUGCAUCCUUUCUUCUCGCAGUGUCGCCCGACAGUCCCGUCUGCAGACAGCUCAGCCGCCCAUGAUCUGCGCGUGUCAACGGACACUUCUGUCCCCUCGCGUGAUCCAACAGCAAGCGACAAGUCCGAAGAUGAGGUCGCAAAGCCGGCAUCGAAGCGUGGCAAACGGCGCAAGACAGAUCAAUCACUCAACGGAGAGUCCCCCAAGCGGGCGCGGCCAAGGAAACGGCCAAAAGCUGUCGAGAGCGGAGGCAUCGCAGACCACUUUAUGAGGCUGGGAACGGGCAGCGUGAACGCCGAAAGCAAACAAGAGGACGCCCGCGAUCCAGGUGCCGAUUUAUCAGCGCAGACUGGUACAGGCCUCUCGAACGCUGUGCAAGAGGCGCAACAUCGCGACCAUGAUGUGCCCACCGACAAUUCCGAAGCCCAACCUGGGGCAAGCAAUCAGUCCCGGACUGGCAGCAAUGGCGACGUCCCCGAGCCCACCGGAGCACGCCCAGCAACACCCUGCUCCACAAAACCGAGAAAGCUAUUGCAGCUUAACCCAAAGACCGGGACAAUUGGGUCACCGCCAAAGCCGAAGGGGACCAAGGCCGUCACCAUAGCGGAGGGACCCCACAGCGAGAAGAGGCCACCUGCACGACCUGGCAGGAAACCGGGGUCGAAGAUCGUGUGCAUUUCAUACGGAAGUGACCCCAGCACCCGCGUCAAAUUGGGCAAACUGAUCGAUUCUAUUCUUGCCGGUCUGAUCCGGCAUCCCGCUCCCUCCAAACAAUCGGCCGCAUCUGCCAACAAGGAGCCACUUCCCACGGCCCCUAGCACCUUGCCAUCGAAGUCAUCCAAAGCCACACAUCCCUUUUUCUUGGGCCAAACCAGAAAGCCAGGCUCGCCUCCCGAAGACUCAAAGGUCGUGAAGCCUGCUUCCCCUCCAGUCAGCGGUCGAACGAAGCAGUACAGCUCCACCCCCUGCUCACCCAGGAAGCCUCGCACAGGACUUGCCGCAAAGGUGCCGAUGCCUCAGUUUGGCAUCAAGAAUCUGGGAUUAAAGUUUCCGGGUGCCAGAUUGCCCGCGUGGCCAUGGAAAGACAUGGUGCACGUGCGAGGCAAUGGCUGCGAUGCCCUGGACAUCACGAACGGCUCACUGCCUCUUCCGUUGCGAAAGUCCAAGGGGAAUGCGGUGGAAGUCUCGCCUAGCGAGUCGGUUGUUAAUCUCGCUCUCCAGUCAUUGGAAGUCCCAGCCGUGGCCGAAGCCGUGCGAAACAUCAACACAGACGAGGUCACCCCCGUCCCUCCGGAGCUUCGUCUCCCACAAAAGCACUUCGAAAGCGGAACCAAGCUGCAGGCCAGAAUUCUUCCUCAGCUCAAGACCGUCAAGAAGAGGCCAGACUCACACAGAGUGUCUGUGGUGGACAGCAAGGAUCGCGUGCGAGCACCGCCUCAUCUUGCACGUCUGUAUGCCUCCAUUGCCUCCUCGCUGUCAGCAUUCGACAUGUUUCAAUGCGAGACCACGAACUGGGCACAAAAGUAUGCUCCAGUAAGCGCCGCUGAAGUCCUUCAGCCCGGACGAGAAGCCUUUCUUUUGAAAGACUGGCUUCAAGCCCUGAUGGUCCAAUCGGUGGAUACGGGUCCAGCAGAAUCUGACAAGCCGAAAACUGGAUCCAAGUCAAAGGCUUCUGGCUCUGGAAAGAAAAAGCGAAGGAAAAAGCUCGACGGCUUCAUCGUCUCUAGUGAUGAUGAAGACGACGCGCUGUGCGAACUGUCAGACGAGGAGGACGACUGGGCUCCUAGUGGAAGCCGAGGCAUCACCCGCAAGACAGUCGUUCGGUCCGGCAGUCUGCGCAGAGGCAAAGAUGACGACAGAGCUGCAAACGCUUUGGUUAUCAGCGGCCCGCAUGGGUGUGGCAAGACCGCGGCAGUCUAUGCGGUAGCCAAAGAGCUGGACUUCGAAGUCUUUGAGAUCAACCCCGGCGGCCGACGGAGCGGGAAAGAUGUGCUGGAGAAGAUUGGUGACAUGACCAGAAACCAUCAUGUUCAAUCACACCAGCCAGCCAGCUCACCGGAUGGUCAAGGUGCUACGGCGGAUGACGAUACCGUGAAGGACAUCAAGUCGGGCAAGCAAGCGACUAUGAAUGCGUUCUUCAGGCCUAGUUCCGCCCGCGACAAGCCAAAAAUGCCAGCGAAGGCUGCUGCGAACAGCCUUCAAGCCAAGGCGAAAAAGGAUUCCCCCAUAACCCAGCGGCAGUCCUUGAUUCUUCUGGAAGAGGUCGACAUCCUCUACGAGGAGGAUAAGCAAUUCUGGGCCACUGUUGUGGGUCUCAUUGCGCAGUCGAAGCGGCCGUUUAUCAUGACUUGCAACGAUGAGACUCUCGUUCCCCUGCAUACCCUGAAGCUUCACGGCAUCUUUAGACUCAGUCCCCCGCCCAGAGACCUUGCAGUCGACCGUCUGAUCCUCAUUGCAGCAAAUGAAGGUCAUGCUCUCACGCGGCAAUCCGUGGAGCAAGUCUUUGACUCCCGGAAGUCUGAUCUGCGGGCUGCAACCAUGGACUUGCAGUACUGGUGCCAGAUGGGCAUCGGUGACCGCAAGGGUGGGCUUGAUUGGUACUAUCCCCGCUGGCCCAAGGGUGUAGAUCUGGACGAGAACAACGAAGUCAUCCGAGUCGUUAGCCAAGACACGUAUCGGCUGGGCAUGAACCUCCUUGGACGAGACAGCAUCACUGACCCCAAGCUCUCACCACGGCUCAUCGAAGAGGAGAUCCUGCGCCAGGCCUGGGACUCGUGGGCUCUUGACCUUGGUCAUUGGCAGGAUACUAUAGGGCUUGGAGACUGGGCACAGAGUGUCGAACAGAACACGGGACACGGCAGCAAGCUCGGAAGCUUGCGAGCUUAUGAAGAUGCGGCCGAUGCAAUGAGUGCGGCAGACCUGUGUUCCUCCAAAGCGUUUGCCGCAUUCACAGAGGAGGCCGUUGACCCCACACAACCCGAGAUACCAGCCACGAUACGAGACGACUUCGUUCUUGGCCAGACAUACAUCGACACCACUCCAAUCGAGCACUUCGACUCCUUGACAACGUCGAUUUCUCUCACCAUUAAGUCCCUGGCAAGAUCCUCCCUGCAGCUCUACGCCGAGGGACAGCAAGAAACCUCUCUACCUUUGCUUCCCCCUCUGGAUGAAACCACGGCAAUCAACCUUCUCCAAACCAGCUUCAAGUCCACCCCUCCAGGGACGCCAGUCAUCAGCCGAAUAGACUUCGCUUUUGCUUUCGAUCCGAUCGCCGCUGCCCCUGGUGCCUCACUGCAGCCGGCAUCCUAUCUCGAACCGUCGGUCUUUGAUCGAACCCUGAAACUCAUUGCCCUUGAUGUGGCACCAUUUGUGCGCGGCAUCGUUUCAUAUGAAGCGCAACUCCAAAAGCAGCGGCUUAAACUGAGCAACCUGGUAAGCGAAGGCGGCGGACGAGCCGCCGGGUCCAAGCGGAUGCGGACCACCAGGGCUGCGCUUUCAGCCCUGGAGGGCGGUUCAAGAAGCACCACGAGGGGUGAGAGAUGGUUCAAGGCGGACAUCAACCCAUACUUAGUCGCAAAAACUGCGGGAGAAGGCUGGAACGGUGUCGUGUCCGAGGAGUUGCGGACUCCCGAGAAGUCAAUAGGCUCCUCCUCAAAGAGUUCGCCUAGGACUCCCCAGACUUCGCCGGACACGACCCCCACAAAAACACCGAGGAAGGCUGUGUCAAAAGGCGGGAAACGGAGAAAGGUCCUUGUGGAUGAUGACGAGGUUGAUGAGCUUGGCUGCUGAGUUCACAGUUUCACGGAGAUCUCCCAAGCGCUUGCUGGGGAGUUAAGGGGAGUGAACGAGCAGUGAUUCGGGCGGCAGGUAUAAACGAGUGGCAUUUCAAGCAUGGCGUGGUGAAUAUGAGCCAAGGGAUGCGGUGCUUCUACAUCGCCACGGUUUGUUAGCUCGCCGGUGGCUGAGAUGGCCGGAGUGCUUCGCAGCUCUGGACACAGCAGAUACAAGUGGACGCAAACGUCCUGCAUCGAAGAGCCAAAUACUAGAUACCCCGCGGUUUCAACUUCUU